AUGUUGGCUGAGAGACAGUCAGGGACGCUCCCCAACACCAUAGAGUUAAACCUGAGGGAGCAUGUCAAGGCUGUCACCUUGAGAUCAGAUAAACAGUUAGCUAGCUCUUUAUCUAUGGCUGAUGAUAAUAUUGUUGUGCAGGAUGAGCCAGCCAGGGAGGAGCCAGAACCUAAGGUGACAGAGCUUGCACGAACUGAGGACAAGAAGAAGAAUCUUGUAAGAGAAUACCAGUCACCAAUUCCAUAUCCUGCCAGGUUGAAACAACAAAAGGUUGAUCAGCAAUUUGGUAAGUUUUUGGAAUUAUUUAAGCAACUCAGGAUUAAACUACCUUUUGUUGAGGCUAUAUCACAGAUGCCCAGUGAUGCUUUAUCUGACUUAGGAGCUAGCAUCAAUUUAAUACCUAGCAGUUUAUUUGAAAGAUUAGGUUUGAGUGAGCCAAAACCUACUAGGAUGAGAGUACAGUUAGCGGAUAGGACUGUGAAAUUUCCUAGGGGGAUAGUUGAGGAUGUACUAGUUAAAGUAGACAAGUUUAUAUUUCUUAUUGAUUUUUUUAUUAUGGAUAUGGAGGGUGAGAGUAGCAUGCCUUUAAUCCUACGUAGACCUUUCCUUACAACAUCUAAGGCUGUUAUAAAUGUAUGUGAUGGGAAAUUACAACUUAGAGUAGCUGAUGAGACUGUUACCUUUGACCUUAGCACUUCUUUGAGACAUUCACUUGAUCAUGAUGAUAUUGUACUGUUACCUUUGACCUUAGCACUUCUUUGA